UAGAAUACUAGGAAAAUGUCGCCACCUUACAGCCAGAAGAGAUAUGAGGAAAUUGUCAAAGAAGUCAGCACGUACAUAAAGAAAAUCGGCUACAAUCCAGAUACAGUGGCCUUUGUGCCAAUUUCAGGCUGGAAUGGAGAUAACAUGUUGGAACCUAGCUCUAAUAUACCCUGGUUCAAAGGGUGGAAGGUGACUCGUAAAGAUGGUAGUGCUAGUGGAACUACACUGCUGGAAGCUCUGGACUCUAUCUUGCCACCAACUCGUCCAACUGACAAACCUCUACACCUGCCACUUCAGGAUGUCUACAAAAUUGGUGGGAUUGGUACUGUUCCAGUCGGUCGUGUGGAAACUGGCAUUCUAAAACCAGGCAUGGUGGUAACAUUUGCUCCAGUUAAUGUUACAACUGAAGUAAAAUCUGUUGAGAUGCAUCAUGAGGCCCUAAGUGAAGCUCUGCCUGGUGACAAUGUUGGCUUCAAUGUAAAGAAUGUAUCUGUAAAAGAUGUCCGUCGUGGUAAUGUUGCUGGAGAUAGCAAAAAUGAUCCACCAAUGGAAGCUGCUGGAUUCACAGCACAGGUUAUCAUCCUGAACCAUCCAGGCCAAAUCAAUGCUGGCUAUGCCCCUGUUCUGGAUUGUCAUACUGCUCAUAUUGCUUGCAAGUUUGCCGAGCUGAAGGAAAAAAUUGAUUGUCGUUCUGUUAUGAUGUAUUAGUGGAAUUGGAUUCAG